AUGAUCGAGCCUUGGAGCAGCAAGUAUCUGCCCCUGGGGUGCCUCGAUAUCUCCAUCACAGAUUCAAAUACAGUCUUGUCAGAUCGUUACGAUCUUACCCAAUGGAGAGCAUUUACUCGCGCUCGAUCAAAAGAGGUUCCAGCGGCUCAGGCCACUCACGACACUUUGUCACCAGAAAUCCAGGCAACCCUUCUGAGAACCAGCGAACGACGCAUCCCGGCUUCUUUAUGGAAGACGCAGUGGAUACAGUUGGCCUUUCGACUGGUUGAAGGCUCAGCCGAGACAAUAGGGAGAUUUCGCGUCUAUGUUCUGCCUUUCGACGUCGACAGAUAUGCCAUCGGCAACAGGGACGAUGAGAAGCUCGGCAAGGCUUUGGCUUCGCUGCUCCGCCGACUUGACUACUCGCCAGAAGCAUGGGCUGGGCACUCUUGUGUGGCCAAAAUGCCGCAGCCAGCGCCUUUCGACGCUACGCGCGCUCCUACCUCGGAAGACUCAAAUCUGCUGGCAAUGUUCAACAACGUGCCAUCGCCAGAUCCUCAACCGCAAGCUAUCACAGAUCCUGAUGCCCGCCAUGCCAUGGUAUCUAUCCUUGAGAGCAACCUCCCAGGCCUCAAGACCACCCUCUAUCCUUACCAACGCAAGUCAGCUGCGCUCAUGUUGCAGCGAGAGCUCGAGCCCGGCCGGGUUAUGGACCCUAGGUUGCGAUGCUGUCGAGACCAGAAUAGCAGAGCCUGGUACUACGACUCCGUGACUGGACUAGUUCUUCUGGAGCCUCGCUACUACGAUGGCACACGUGGAGGCAUCCUCGCUGAGGAGAUGGGCACUGGCAAGACAUUGAUGUGCCUCGCCCUCAUCUUGAGCACGCGGCGUGAGCCAACAAUCGCUCCGGAGCCAUUCGUUGCUGAGAAUCCACCUCGCCGCCGCCUGGCGAGUCUCUUAGACAUGGCUGCUGCAGCUGCCAAUAGAGGCUCUAUUCCCUGGCAGCCAUACUUUGACUACAUCCAACAUCAGCUUGGCCAUGAUCACACUCGAUGCUUGAACGCACUCAGAGACCCAGCCAACCGUGCGUUCUAUAAGGUCAAGACAGAUCCUCUGGUUGAGCCGCGGAGAAGCAGUCGUCUCAUACCACGCGAGGCACCGACAAAGGAAAUCCAUCUCGGCAGUGGUACCUUGAUUGUUGUUCCUGACAACCUGGUCACGCAGUGGCGGGAGGAGAUCAAGAAGCAUACCACUGGUCUCCAGGUGCUGAUUCUUGUUAACCGCGACAGGAUUCCAUGUGUGGCAGAGUUGUUGACGUACGACAUUGUCCUCUUUUCUCAGAGUCGCCUCGAAUGGAUCUGGGGAGAGCGGAAGAACGGCGAAGGGCCGCCCCGCGAUAUAUACUGUCCUCUGGAGCACAUUCAGUGGAAACGAUCUAUUGUUGACGAGGGCCACAAGCUGGGGAGUCGGAGUAAUAGUAGUACAUCGAUUGUCCUCGACCAGCUCUACAUCAGCGCCAUGUGGAUUGUGACAGGAACGCCUACACGAAACCUCUACGGUGUCAAAGAGUUGAUUGUGGGCGAUGAGGCGAAGCAGCGCAAUGACCUUGACUCGCAGCGAGCCGAUCUUGUUCAUAUCGGCAAGAUGGCCUCGAAGUAUUUGAGGGUGCGCCCGUGGGCCAACACACGGGAAGAGGCUGGCGAUACUGUAGCGGACUGGAACGUGUAUGUGAUGAACCCGGCUCAGCACUCAAAAGGUCAGAAUCGCAUCGACUCGCUCAGGUCGACACUGAAUUCCCUGAUUGUGCGGCACAGGCUUGCAGACAUCAGUACUCUACUUCCGGCUGUCGACGAAAAGAUUGUGUAUCUCGAGGGUUCAUAUCAAGACAAGUUGGCCUUGAACCUGUUUGCGAUGGUCAUAAUCUUCAACUCUGUGCAGUCGCAGCGCACGGACAUCGACUACUUGUUCCACCCACGGCAGAAGAAAAGUCUGGCUGAGCUUGUUCGUAACUUGCGACAGGCGUGUUUCUAUGGCGGGGUCUUUUGGACAGUCGAAGAUAUCCAGCAGGCUCUUGACGUGGCAGAGGAUUUCUUGAAGAAAGGAAAGAUCUCACUCAGCCCAGAAGAUGAAGAAGCUAUACGGCAAGCGAUAGACUUCGGCCAUGUAGCGGUGUCUAAUCACCUGAAGACUCUCAGCAGCCAGUUUCACUCCCUGCCACUUUACGUGGAGAACUUUCCAGGUGGGCACGGCGGAGCCUGGGCUCUCGAUAACCGUGACGACAGUCUGAUCUGUACGGACGCUGGUCUCGUCCUUGCUUUGCAGAAAUUUCUCAACCCGUGUGUUGAUGCGCCAACUUCUUUGCAGCGCAUGAUUGACUCCGGUCAACUCGACGCUGAGGGCCAGGCAAAGAGGGAAAAGGCGCUAGAAAUGGCAGAGGCGACGUCGUCUUCUGAUCAGGCUCGGAGACAGAAUGCGCAGUCCACCGGGUUAGCUGGACAAACCCAGCUCGGGAGCGAUCGUCAUUCGAAACCGAAGUCUGGGCUCCUCGAAAAGUCUGCACUUAUCGCAAUCGACGAUGAUUCCCCAGCCAUGCAAGCAGACCAGCAUACUGCCAACAUUACUGUUGCGGAUGCAUUGGCAUCGACGAGGAUCAUUUCGACGGUAUCUGCGAAGCUGUCAUACAUUGUCGAUGCGAUUGUGAAGUACAAGGACGAUGAGCAGAUCAUUGUGUUCUACGACAACGACAACAUUGCUUGGUACUUGGCUGGAGUUUUGGAAAUUCUGCAAAUCCACCAUCUGAUCUAUGCACGUGCCGGCAUCAACGCCGAGCGCCGUGCUCAAUACGUCACGACAUUCACGCAUAACCCCAAGUUUAGAGUUUUGUUGAUGGACAUUAGCCAGGCUGCAUUCGGUUUGGACAUGCGAAGUGCUUCGCGAAUCUAUUUCCUGAGCCCCGUGCUCAACCCGCAAGUGCAGGCACAAGCUAUUGGUCGUGCUCGCCGGAUUAGCCAGGAGAAGCCCGUCACUGUUGAGACUCUGGUUUUGAAAGGCAGCAUUGAAGAGGUCAUUGUCGACCGGAGUAAGACGAUGACCCAGGCAGAGCAGCGCAAAGUGAUGAACUCGGUCAUCGAGGACAAGCUGAUCAAUGACUGGAUCAAAAACGUCCAGAUCAUGCCUAUGAACCUGGAGACGACGCAUAGCUCGGAGCCAGGGAAUGGGCUGGCGCAGUCGGCGAUGCUCAAGGCGCCGCAAUUCGUCUUCGGAAUAGGCUUUGGAAGAGAACUGCACCCUGACGAGGAUCUCCUCACAAAUAGCCCGUUAUCCAGCAAGGAGCAUCGCAGAGAGGGCCAGGGUUCACUGCCCGGACCGGCUGGCCGAAUCCCCUUCAAGAUCCGUCUUGGGGGCAUGAAGAGGUCGGAAAGUCCGCUCUUGACAUCCUCAACACGGGAGGCUACGCCAUUGUCAUUAGCGGGCGACUCUGUUGAUGAGAAUCAACAAAAGGAAGCCGAGGCUCUUGAGCACCGGCCGAAGAAGAAAGUGCGUGUUGCCUGGGCUGAUUGA